AUGAAACUCCGAAUUAUUCUGAUUCUGACAGCUGCGGUACUAAUCCUUACGACACGUGGUUCUGUCGAUGCCGACGAGGCCGUAGUCUAUCCGGCGCAGGUUGAUCAAUCUUGGGUCGAUGCCAAACCCCGAUCUCUACCAGGCGCCGACGAAGCUGUUGUUUAUGUCGCCAAGGUUGAUCAAUCCUGGGUAGAUGCGGAGGCAUAA